AUGCAGUCCAUCUUAAUCCUCGCCGCGCUGGUCGGCUCAGCGCUAGGUGGUGCCAUUCCAUCCCAGAGUCAGAGCGCCAACUACCAUGGAUACAAAGUCAUGCGCCUAUCCGGAGAAGACCCAAGCAAGAUCUCUAACAUUGUCAACAAGUUGGGGCUAGAGACCUGGAAAUUCCCCAAAACCUCGAACGCCAAUGUCGACAUCGUGGUCCCACCCAAGAAGAUCGACGAGUUCGAGAAGAUGUCUCUCUCCGCCGGUCUCAAGAAGCAAAUCAUGCAUGAGGAUCUAGGAAGAUCGAUUGCCUCUGAAAUGUCGUUCCGCCCUUACUCUUAUGGCAAGGCCAAUGACACCUGGUUCCAAUCGUAUCACGUAUACGAUGACCAUUUGAAGUUCAUGAACGACUUCCAAGCCUCCCACUCUGAGAAUGCCGAGAUCGUCACCUCUGGCAAGUCACACGAAGGCCGUGACAUCACUGGUGUCCAUGUCUGGGGAAGCGGCGGAAAGGGCUCCAAGCCAGCUGUUGUCUUCCACGGAACCGUUCACGCCCGUGAAUGGAUUACCACCAUGACCGUUGAAUAUAUCCUCACCCAGCUCUUCGACGACCAGGAGGCCGGAGCUGCUCUCCGUGAGAAAUUCGACUUCUACAUCUUCCCAAUUGCCAACCCAGAUGGCUUCGUUUUCACCAACGAGAAUGACCGCAUGUGGCGCAAGAACCGCGAACAGAACCAGGGAGGCUGCUAUGGAACUGACCUCAACCGUAACUGGCCCUAUGAAUGGGAAGGUGACGGCUCUACUACCGACCCAUGCUCCGAGACCUACAGGGGACCCUCUCCCGGAUCCGCCCCUGAGACCAAAGCCAGCACCAGCUUCAUCAAGGGCCUUGCUGAUGGAGCAGGACUUAAGAUGUUUGUCGACUGGCACUCAUACUCUCAGCUCUUCAUGACCCCCUAUGGAUACAGCUGCUCUGCUCGCGCACCAAAUGACGAUGUCCUCCAGCAAAUGGCAAGCUCUUUUGCUGACGCCGUCAAGGCCGUCCAUGGAACCAGCUUCAAAACCGGGCCUAUCUGCAGCACCAUCUACCAAGCCAACGGUAACUCCGUCGACUGGGUUCUUGACGAGGUCAAGGGUGAAACCGCCUUCGCUGCCGAACUUCGUGACACUGGCAUGUACGGUUUCGUCCUUCCUCCAGACCAGAUCAUCCCAAGCGGUGAGGAGACUUGGGCCGGUGUGAAGGCCAUGUUCAGCAAACUUGAGUAA